AAAAUGUUCAAAAAAUUGUUUGGUUUGGGUUUGGGAAGUUGUUUAAUAAAUUAUAGUGUAAAGUGUUGUGGAAUAGUAGGUGUAUUAACUACUGAGGAUAAUGCAGAGAAAAUAAUAUUUGAAGGAGUGUAAUUAUUAUAGAAUAGAGGUUAUGAUUCUGCAGGAAUAGGCACAAUAAAUAAAUCUAAGGAAGUAAGAAUAUCUAUAUUAAAAUAAAAAAGUUGAGAAUAUCAAAGCAUGCUAGUGAUUAAAUAAACAAAAUAGAUUGUUUCGUAAAAUUGAAUUAAGAAUUAUAGAAACAUAUAUAAAGUUAAGUAGGAAUAGGACAUACAAGAUGGGCAACAUGUGGUAGUAAAACUGAUAAUAAUGCUCAUCCUCAUUAUGAUAUUGCAAAAAGAAUAGCAUUAGUUCAUAAUGGGACAUUAGAAAAUUAUGUAGAAUUAAAAGAUGAACUUAUGCAAUAGGGAAUAGAAUUUUCAUCAGAAACAGAUUCAGAAGUAAUUGCUUAACUGAUCGGGUUAGAAAUAUAAAAGUAAAAUUUUUUAGAAGCAGUUGAAUCAGUUUUAACUAGAUUGAGAGGAUAAUGGGGUUUAGCAGUGAUUGAUAGAGAGAAUCCUGCAUAGAUGAUUGUAUGUAGAUAAGGAAGUCCUCUUUUAGUAGGAUAUGCAACUAAUAGUAUAUUUGUAGCAAGUGAAAAGAUAGCUUUUGAAAAAUAUACAUAAAAUUAUAUAGCAUUAUAAGAUGGUGAAGUUAUGCUAUUGUAAUUAGAGAAUAGAAAUUAAUUAUAUAAUUAAAUAAAACAUAGAUUAAUAUUUAAUGAGAAUUAAGAAGUUGAAUAAAUUCAUUUAAAACCUAAGCAACCUUAUUAAACAUUUUUUGAGAUGGAAAUAAAUGAGCAACCAAAUAGUCUUUUAAGAUGUUUAGGUAAUGGUGCAAGAUUAGCAGGUUUUUCAGAUUGCGCAAAACUUGGAGGUUUAGAUAUGAAAGAGAAAGAGCUUUGUGAAAUAAAACAUUUAAUUUUAAUAGGUUGUGGAAGUAGCUUUAAUGCAGCUUAAAGUGUUUUAGCAAUUUUUAAAACAUUUAGAACAUUUGAAAGUGUAUAAGCAAUAGAAGCAAGUGAAUUUUAGAGUUAUGAUUUACCUUAGAAUUAAGUAGGUAUAAUAUUCAUAACAUAAUCUGGUGAGACUAAAGAUAUAGUGAGAGUGUUAAACAUUGCUAAAUAAUAGGGAGUAAUAACAAUAGGAGUGUAAUAUAUUGGUAUUAUGAUAAAUUAGUGUAAAUGUUGUAGGAUCAUUAAUAGCAACAAGUGUAGAUUGUGGAGUUUAUUUAAAUUCUGGAAGAGAAGUGGCAGUAGCAGCAUCAAAAUCAUUUACUUCAUAAGCAACAGCUCUGAUAUUAAUUAGUUUAUGGUUUAGUUAUUAUAAAGAGAAGAAUAAUUGUUUACCUUAAAAUAUUAAGAUGAAGUCUUUAAGAGAGAAAUAUGUAAAUUAAUUAAGAAUGCUUCCGAUGGUAUUUGGUUAAGGAAUAGUUGAAUGUUAAGCAGCUGUUAAAUUAGUAGCUAAAAUAUUAUAAAAUAAAUCAAGUUUAUUUGUUUUAGGAAAAGGAUCAAAUUAUGCUAUAGCUAGAGAGGGAGCAUUAAAAAUCAAAGAAUUAACCUAUAUUCACGCAGAAGCCUUUGCAUCUGGAGAAAUGAAACAUGGUCCUUUAGCAUUAAUUGAUUCUUCAAAAGAUAAAGAAACUGCUAUUAUAUUAAUCAUAUUAGAUGAUGAAUACAUACAAGACAUGAAAUUAUCAUUAAGUGAAGUUAAUUCCAGAAAUGCUAGAACUAUUGUUAUAACUGAUUCUCCAUAGAAAUUAUCAAACACAAUCAAUAAAAUUGACCAUUUGAUCUCCAUUCCUAAAAUUGGAGAAUAAUUAAAUUGGUUACUCACUGUCAUCGUCUUUCAAUUAUUAUCAUUAGAAAUUUGUUAUCUUUAAGGAAUAGAUCCAGAUAAACCUAGAAACCUUGCUAAAACUGUUACUGUAGGUUGA